UCUCUUUCAUAAUCUCUCUCUAGUCUUUUCUCUCUGCUUGUAGAAGAAGAAAACUUAGCGGUCAUGGAAGCUAAGAACUCAAACUUUUUCGAAUCGAUUGGCUCAUUUUUCAGUGGUGGAGAUCAGAUUCCAUGGUGUGAUCGUGAUAUCAUUCUUGGUUGUGAGAGAGAAAUCACAGAAAAUGGAAAUGAUACUUCAGAUGAGGCUAAGAAUGAAAGCAUCAUGAGGUUAUCCUGGGCUCUUGUCCACUCAAGACAGCCAGAAGAUGUCCAGCGAGGAAUAGCUAUGCUUGAAGCUUCUCUGGCUGGUGCACUUACUCCACUUCAGAAGAGGGAGAAGCUUUAUCUUCUCUCAGUUGGAUAAGACCUAAAAACUUGGUAGCUCAAGGAAUGAGACCUAAAAACUACAACCUAUGUUUUACCUACAAGUAUACAGGGUCUUGAUGAAGAUAGAAUGUAAAUAGAGGUUUUGUCCACAGGGACUUGGAGGAUUUGCUAAAGUUCUCUAAGUUUCAAAAGUUAACUGAAUUCAAAGGAGCUAGUGACAAAAGUUGAUAAAAAGGAUUGAGUUACUAGGGUUAUUAAGUCCACCUCUAACUUACACCAUGUAUUCACUAGAUUAUGCUAUUCUUGCCUUAUAAGAUGCAAGG